AGAUGGCAGCGCUCAGUGGACUCCGUCGUGCUCGAAAUCCUGUGAAGGUUGUUGGACUUUUUACAAGUUUUAGCAGACAGCAUGGCCUUCACAUACACGCUCAGUGCCAGUGUACAGCAAGACAAUCUGUCCUUAACAGACUCAACAACAGAGCAGCAAUCCACUUGAGAUGGCACUUCGCACAGUACACGCCGACGCUUGGGGGCGCUCUCAUCUCGUCGCGAUACAACAGUACAGACAGUGAGAGUUUCUCGCAAGUGACAGAAACGUUAACAGAUAAAGCUUUACCACUAGUGGAUCCAUCUAUAAUAACUGACGUAGCGGCAACAACUGAGCAGAUCCUUCAACCCAUCAGGGAAGUCCCUUUCGCUGAGCUUGGCCUCGGUGGUUACACACCCAUCGGUCUUCUGCAGAGCGCCCUGGAGUUUCUCCACAUGUCUGUUGGCUUGCCCUGGUGGGGCACCAUCAUGGCGGGGACGAUUAUUGCCAGGACGUGUGUAUUUCCUGUGAUUGUGAAGAACCAACGGUAUGCAGCAACACUUAAUAACGUCAUGCCCACCUUCCAGAAACUCACAGCCAAGAUGAACGAGGCACGGCAAUCGGGCAAUCAGACGGAAUUGACAAGAGCAUCCAUGAAACUGCAGCAGUUCAUGAAGAAGCACAAUGUCAACCCAUUGAAGAGCUUCGUUGGAGUCUUAUUUCAGGCACCAAUCUUUAUCUCGUUCUUUAUCGGCCUACGGAGGAUGGCCAGCCUCCCGGUAGAGAGCAUGACCCAGGGAGGUAUGUUGUGGUUUACCGAUCUGACCACAGCCGACCCUUACUUUGUCCUGCCAGUGCUGGCCAGCUUGAGCAUGUUGGCUGUCAUUGAGCUUGGUGGUGAAGCAGGUGUCAGCAAUGCCCAGAUGCAAAAAAUGAAGAAUGUCUUCAGAAUCAUGCCGUUUGCCAUCCUCCCAUUCAUUAUAUCAAUGCCCAAGGCUGUGUUCGUUUACUGGCUGACGUCUAACAUCUUCUCCAUGGGUCAAGUUGCAGUCCUUAAGAUUCCAGCAGUCCGGAAGAAACUGAACAUCCCAGAUAAGAUCAAACACAGACCAGAAGACGUCCCCAAGGGAGAAGGCUUCAUCAAAGGGAUCAAAUCAGGAUGGAAGAAUACACAGACAAAUUACGAAGUAGAACAAAAGGGAAAAGCCCACAUGCAGAAACUCAAAGACGCCGGCAUCGGCCCCGUGCCCCAGACGUUCAGCUACGAUCCGACAAGGCAGCAGAUGGGAAGCCCCGCCCAACCCAUGUCCACCACGGCAGACAAGGACAUCAGGAGGAAGAGAGUUCGUUGAUGGUAGAUACUCAAAAAUAUCUCAAUCAUGCUGCCAUCAUUAUUGUCUUGUACCCUGUUAGCAAAAGCCAUUAUGAAGUGCGACACCAGAAAGGGACCCCGACUGAUCCCCUUCUAACCUCAAGUUAAAGCAAGUUCGAGUGUGCACUUUUCAAUUGUUGAAAUGACUCGUAUGUUCUUGUGUGCACUUUUUAGUUGACCCGUAAUUGGCAAAAAAACACUCGGUUGGGAUUCAAACCCAGGACCAUCAUUGCAUUGUUAGAUUCAAAAUGCGAUGCAAAGUUAACAUUUAUUCAAUUCAGUUUGGUUGUGCAUACUUCAUACUUUAAGCCAUCAUUUCUGCAGUCAGGUCAGGUUGUGUGUAUUUCUGGAGAGAUGGGAAUGGUUUAAGUACAAAUAAUGUAUAGUUUUAAAAACGCAAGGUUAUUAUUUAUCAUCAGGCUGUCUCCAAAUUCCAACAAAUUCUUUUGAACAUACAAUUUUAUUAAUUUUGGUUUUUAGCCAUACACCGAUGUGUGUUAGCACUGUAUACUCGGUACUUUCCCCUAGUCCUGUGAAAAAAAUAUCACAGGCAUGUUACAUACGUUUUGUUUACGACAGAAAUGAUUCUUAAUCUGAGCAGGGUUUGCCCUUAACUUGUUCAGUGACUACCCAGCAGGACCAGGGGUGGAUUUCACAGAGUGAGGACUAGUCCUAACUAGUCCUAACUUAGGACUAGUUCUAGGAGAUACG